AUAUAUAUAUACUUUUAAAUAGAAUGGAUGAGCACUAGUCUUAGUCUCAGCAAAAGUCUACCCUCAAGUCCUGCGGCGACUCAAGGGCAAAACUGUAAACUUUUAAUAACAAAAACUUAAUUAAAAGCGCGCGAAGUGGCCGUAGCAGAGACGCUGAAGCUGUAAAGCGAAGGCACCACCAAACCGGACCACACUGACUCACACAUUCAACAAAUGAAGCUCUCUCAGUUGACUUCAAAAGCUUCUACUUCCCGGUUCUUUCUCAUCCUCGCCGCCACCAUCGCCGUCGCUGCCGUAGACAAUGACGACGCCGUGAUGUCGAGCCUCCUCGAGGCCAUAUCUCCCGCCCCAACCGGCUGGUCUCACUCUGCUCACUAUUGCUCCGAAUGGAAAGGCGUAAACUGUAGCUCCUCCGGUCGAGUCACUACCAUCAACUUAGCCAAUCUCGAUCUAACGGGAACUCUCCCUUCCAAUCUCGCUUCUCUCUCUGAACUAACUCACUUCAAUCUCCGAGGCAACCGCUUCUCUGGGCCAUUGCCUUCCUUCGCCAACCUUUCUUUGCUCGAAGAAAUCUUCCUUGACCACAACAAGUUCAACUCCGUACCCCCUGGUUGUUUCCAAGGACUCACCAGUUUGGUGGACUUGACUAUGGAUCAAAAUGACGAUCUCUUCGUGUGGGCUUUUCCCAUUGAGCUUACUGGAUCUCGAAGCUUGGUUAAUCUAAGCAUGGUCAGUUGUAAUGUAAAUGGUUCCAUUCCAGACAUCUUCUUCGGUUCCUUCCCGAACUUGCGAAACUUGAACCUUUCUUCCAAUCAUCUCAGUGGAGUUUUGCCUCCGAGCUUCCCCGACUCAGGAAUUCAGAAACUCUCGCUUUCUCAAAACUCUUUCACGGGUCCAAUCCCGGACCUGUCGAAGCUAGACACCCUUUCCGAGCUCCAGCUCCAGGGUAAUCUAUUCACCGGCGUUGUUCCAAGCUCAUUGAUGUCGAUUCGGAGCUUGCGAAAAGUGUCUCUGAGGGACAAUCGGUUGCAGGGUCCUCGGCCUUCGUUCCCUCCGUAUGUCACCAAGGUUGAUGUUCUGGGUGUCAACAGCUAUUGUAAGGACACUGCAGGACCUUGCGAUAGGCAGGUAGAUGUGUUGCUUGAGGUUGCUAGAGAUUUGGGGUAUCCUUUUGUGCUGGCAAAUUCUUGGCCAGGGAAUGAUGUGUGCAAAGGAUGGAUAUACGUCAAAUGCGAUCCACUAGGCAAAAACGUUACGUUGGUGAAUUUUCACAAGCGCUCUUUCACAGGGAAGAUCUCCCCUGCUUUCGCCAAUCUUACAGAGUUGCAGAGGUUGUGGUUGAAUGACAAUAAGUUGACCGGUCCCAUACCGGAUAUCUUAACACUCUUGCCUCGUCUUCAGCUUCUUAAUGUUUCUAAUAACAAUCUUAGUGGAACAAUUCCUACGUUUCAAUCGACGGUGAGAUUAGAUACUACUGGUAAUCCACUUUUGGGGAAUCAUACUUCUAGCUUGGAGCUUAGUGGGACUUCAUCCAAUGGUACUUCACCGGAUUUCUAUGGAGAAAGCAACAUCAAUCUGGUUAAAGCAGCAACAGGAAAAGGAAGAGAUUUCAUGGUUAAAUUUGCAAUAGCUGCAAUAGCCGUUGCAAUUGGGCUAGUCAUGAUAAUGCUGCUAUUCUGCCUAAAGAAGUUUCCAAUAAAAAAAUUAAUCUUCUUCUGGAAGAAGCAGAAUACGGCUCAUCGAAACAUUGAGACUUUUCUAAGGAACUGUGGGCCACUUCAAGUUAGAAGAUAUAGCUAUUCUGAGGUUAAGAAAAUGACAAACUCCUUCAAAGAAAAAUUAGGCCAAGGAGGGUUUGGUAGUGUCUACAAAGGAAAGUUAGUCGAUGGCUCUCUUGUUGCUGUGAAGGUGUUAAAUGAGUCAAAGACAGCUAAUGGAGAAGAUUUCAUCAAUGAGGUGGCAACCAUCAGCAGAACUUCUCAUAUCAACAUUGUCUCUUUGUUGGGUUUUUGUUUUGAGAGUGCAAAAAAAGCUCUCAUUUAUGAGUUCAUGCUCAAUGGAUCCCUUGAGAAGUUUGUCUUUCAAGAUAUUGCAAAUGAAAAUAAUCACAAGUUGGAUUGGGUAACACACUAUCAGAUUUCACUUGGCAUUGCUAGGGGAUUAGAGUACUUGCAUCGCGGUUGCAACACAAGGAUCUUGCAUUUUGAUAUCAAGCCUCAUAAUAUUCUUCUUGAUGCAGACUUUGUGCCCAAAAUCUCAGAUUUUGGCCUUGCUAAGAUUUGUAGCAGACAAGAGAGUCUGAGCUCUAUGUUGGGUCCAAGAGGUACUGUUGGAUACAUUGCUCCUGAAAUCAUCAAUAGAAACUUUGGAGUGAUUUCGUACAAGUCUGAUGUCUAUAGUUAUGGGAUGAUGGUUUUAGAAAUUGUGGGAGGGAGACAAAAUAUUAAUAUUCAAGCUAAUAAUACUAGUGAAAUAUAUUUUCCACACUGGGUUUAUUGCCGACUCAAGUUCGACCAAGAACUUUGCCUUAAGAGAGUGAGUGAUGAAGAAGAUAAAAAAAUAGUGAAGAAGAUGGUAAUUGUGAGCUUGUGGUGUGUACAAGCUGACCCUGCAAACAGACCAACCAUGAGCAAAGUGAUAGAAAUGUUGGAAGGGAGUGUUGAUUCCUUGGAAAUACCACCGAGUCCUUUCUCGUCUACUUGUUCAUCCUCACUGCUUUCAGGAGUGUUUGGUAUGAGGAUUCUAACCAUUGGAGUAAAGUGUUAAAGAGGAGAAAAAUCGAGAAAAGAACAAAAGUACAGAAAUCUGAAAGCUGGCCGCUACAGAGAAAAGUCCCUGCCGCUACAAGAGAAACAGAGAGUCUCGUGCCGCGGCAAGGAAAGUUGCAUACCGCGGCACGCAAAGCCCAUAUCGCAUAUCUGAAGCCUCGUGCCGCGGCAAGGAAAUAUGGAUGCCGCGGCACGCGUUAAAAUUCAAAUCCAAAUUCGAUUUUUCUUAAUUUUUAGACGGGAAAUAAAAGGGGGAUUAGGUCAUAUUCGUGAAUUAAGUUUUAGAUACACGAUUUUAGAGAGAGGAACACAGAGAGAGCGGAGGAGAAGAAGGAGGAUCGCAUUCAACCUUUUCAAUAGUUUUCUUCUUCUCUAAACUCUUUUAUUCUUUGAUUCUGGUUAUGUUUUUAAUCAUGAUUGUUGGCUAAGUUUCUUUUAGGUUAAGGGUUAUUCAAAACCCAGACAUGAAUGUUUGAUUUGAGAUGUGAAUAUUGUUCUUGAUUUCCAUAAUGUUAAAUUGCUUCUAUUC